AUGGCGGAGCAGGACGGCGCCGCGGGGCAGAGCCCGCCCGACUCCGUUCCGGGGGGUGGUGCUGAAAAUGGGGAUCAGAAUACUAAGCAGCAUCAACCAUUUUUCUCGAUGUGCCAGCCACUUCGCACUGUUAGCUACUCGAAUUCGUGGGAUAGGUUUUGUGCUCCUGCUGCCAAUGAAAAUGACCACACUAGUGGCUUGAACUCAACGGCGGAUGAACAGAACCUAACCGCAUCUGCCCCCGUUGGAAGCAAACAACCACAACCUGAGGGCAUAUCUGGUACAUUGGAAAGGGAAGAUAAUUCAUGUUCACCACAUCCAAUCAAUAAGGAAGUCAGUUUGGUGCAAGAUGUCAUGAAAAUGGAACAAUCAAUGGAUGGAAUUGAUGUGCCACAUGGAGGAACAAGUGAGCAGCCAGAGCCCCUUGGCACAGAGCAGCCCGAUUCAUUUGAUGAAAUCGACUUAUGGGGUGUCCAAGAUAAUCAGCAAGUGUUACCCCUUAACAGCAAGCAAUGCAACUCUAAUAUUGGUGAAACUUGUGAUGCUGAAGAUAUGCAUUUUCCUUUGUCCGUAUCUUAUAGAAGGCAACCUAAAUCUGUGGGAGCUGGUCUUAGCAAUAUGGGGAACACAUGCUUCCUAAAUGCAACUCUCCAGUGUAUCACUCACACUGUACCACUUUUUCUCAAGCUUCGCUCUACUGAUCAUUUCACUCCAUGCUCAUAUAAUAAGGAUGGGUUCUGUUCUUUCUGUGCCCUUAAAGAACAUGUUGAUGAAUCAAUUCGAAGGUCUGGAUCUGUUAUAGCUCCAACAAAGUUCAGAGAUAGUUUAAGAAAGUUAUCUUCGGAAUUUAGACCAGGACAGCAAGAAGAUGCACAUGAAUUCCUACGUUGCUUGCUCGAUAACUUGCAUAAGUGUACUCUUGAUCCCAAGUCAAAGGGCAAGAGCUCAUCCUUUGACGAAGAAAGUAUAGUCAAGGAGAUUUUUGGAGGACAACUGAAAAGCCAUUUAUGUUGCUGCGAGUGUGGUCACAGCUCAGAGACAUUUGAGCCCAUCCUGGAUCUAAGCUUGGAGAUUGAUCAGGUCGAUCACCUGGUAGACGCUUUGCAAUCUUUUACCAAGGUAGAGCAGAUUGGGGACUCUGAAAACAAGCUCACCUGUGAAAGUUGCAAUGCUCAAGUUUGUAAGAACAAGCAGCUUACACUUCAUAGAGCACCGGAUGUUGUUGCAUUUCAUCUCAAGCGUUUUACAACCCUUGACAAUUCUGUUGAGAAGAUUGACAAACAUGUGGUGUACCCUCUGGAGGUUGAUUUGAAGCCAUUCCACAGCAGCCCAGACACUGCGGGGGAGCUGAAAUAUGAUCUUUAUGGUGUUGUUGAGCAUUCUGGAUUACCCAACUAUGGCCAUUAUGUCUGCACCAUUCGUUCUUCACCAAGCACAUGGUACUUAAUGAAUGACUCCAAUGUUGAUUCUAUUACUGGUUCAAGUGCAUUAAACCAGGAAGCAUAUAUUCUGUUCUAUGUUAGGCAGGGCAAAUUUCCAUGGUUCUCGAGUUUGCUAGAUGGCAAGGAUGCCCUACAAGCUGAGAAUACCUGUGGCACAUCUCCUGUGUCAGUUUUGGAAAAUAUAGAUGCAAACUGUUCAACUUCUGGAGGAGGCAGUAGCAGUAGUUUUGAUGAUAAGUUAGAGAAAAAUGAAACCAGCCAAUUAGAGGAGAUAGAGAACGAUGAAACGAGUCGGUGCAAAACAUCAUUCCUUCCUGAGAAGCCAUCUAAGAGAAGUUCACUUGGUGCUUCCAACAGCAAUGAAACAAUAGAUGAAAAUAAUCCAUCCAGGGCUUCUCUCCAAAAUGAUGCGCCUAGAUGUCUCCGCAGUCUAGAAACUACCAAUCUGGAUAAGCCCUCUACUCCACGGUGCUCCAAACGACUGUCACUGUCCUCUGAUAAUGAGUCUAGAGUGUUUGAGUUUGAGGACUUUGAUGAGGAAGAGGAGACUUUACUUCCAAACUUGAAAUUUCAACCGAAGGCGAAGAAAGCUAAGGCUGCAUCUGCAUCUAAAGCUGUGAAGGAUCCUUGCAUUGAUCAGAAUGCAUUACAUUUGAUGAGGGGCAUGACAUCCACACGAAGAAAAGGUUUAAUGGACUGCAUAACACAGCAAAAUGCAAAGCACGAGUCUCGCAGAUGCCCUGCAAGUGACCCUCUGGACAAGAAGAAAAGAAAGCUGGUUCUUCAGUACUAG